AUGGAAUCCUCACAAGCCUCCAUUAAAGCUCUAGUGAUGAAGAUCAAGGAAGAGAUGUUCUCAAACCUUGAUCUUCACUCCUUUGUUUCUCUAUCUGCUUAUGAUACUGCAUGGUUGGCUAUGAUUCCAAACCCCCAACAGCUUGAUCGUCCUAUGUUCAAAAAUUGCUUGAAUUGGGUACUCAACAACCAAAAUGGAGAAGGGUUUUGGGGAGAGUCGAACGCAGAAGGUCUUCCCACCAUUGAUGCUCUUCCUGCAACUAUGGCUUGCAUGAUUGCUCUCAAAACAUGGAAUGUUGGUGACAAAAACAUACAAAAAGGGUUGGCAUUUCUUGAUGCAAACACAAAGGUGCUUCUCCAAGCAAAUAAUCAUCAUCUUUCUCGCCAGUUUACCAUUGUUUUCACUGCAAUGGUUGAACUUGCACAAUCAAGAGGUCUAGAGUUUCACUUUCGGGACGAGUUAAAAAGGGCUAUGUCCAAUAUUUUCUUGGACAAGCAGCAAAUUCUUGAAAUGGAAGAGCUAGAUCAAGAGUGCCAACACUAUCCACCACUAUUGUCAUGUCUUGAGGCCUUUCCAUCAACAUAUGAUAUUGAUCAACAAGCCAUAGCUAGGCAUUUCGAUGGAGAAAGCUCGUUUUUUCAAUCUCCAGCCUCUAUCGCCUGUGAAUUUAUGGUUACAGGAAGCCAAAAGUGCAUGGACCACCUGCAAAAUCUUGUUCAAAGAUGUCCAAAUGGGGUUCCCAUAUCUAUGUAUCCCAUAGAUGAAGAGCUCAUAAAGCUCUGCAUAGUAAACCAUAUACAAAGAUUAGGGUUGGAAGAGUAUUUCAGUGAAGAAAUUGAAGAAAUUCUUUCACAAGUGCACAGGAGCUACACGAAACAACAAUCACGACCGACAAAUCUCGAUUUUGUACCAGCAAAACUCUUCAAAGAUUCAUUGGCAUUUCGGCUUUUGCGAAUGCAUGGAUAUGAUGUAACUCCAUGGAGUUUCUGUUGGUUUCUUCUUCAUGAAGACAUCGUAAAUAAAAUAGAACAAAACCUCGAAUGUUUCACAAGUACAAUGUAUACUGUUUACAGAGCAACAGAUCUUAUGUUCAAAGGGGAAUAUGAAGUAGAGGACGCAAGAUCACUUUCAAGGACAUUUCUUGAGAAAGCUAUUGAAUUGGACACUAAUGACGACAAUAGUAUCAUGGUCCCAAGUUUUCAGAGGCUGAUUAAGCGUGAGUUGAGUCCACCAUGGAUGGCUCGACUGGAUCAUCUUGAUCAUAGACUAUGGAUUGAAGAAAAUAAAGUCAGUCCUUUAUGGAUUGGAAAUGCCUCCUCCUACAGGUUUUCAUGUCUGCAUAAUGAGAAGCUAAUGCAACUUGCUGUGGAAAAUUACGAGCUUCGGCAAUCAGUAUACAGGAAUGAAUUGGAGGAACUGAAAAGGUAUGGUAGAUAUAUCAGUAAGUGGUCUAAGGACUGGGGCCUUAGUGACAUGGGAUUUGGGAGAGAGAAGACAACAUAUUGCUACUUUGCUGUUGCUGCUAGCAGUUCUCUGCCUCACGACUCCCUUGUUCGAUUGAUCGUUGCAAAAACUGCCAUACUUAUUACAGUUGCUGAUGAUUUUUUUGAUAUGAAAGGUGAUCUUAAUGAGUUGAAAUGCCUAACAGGUGCAAUUCAAAGAUGGGAUGGUAAAGGUUUAAGUGGCCACAGCAAGAUCAUCUUUGAUGCCCUUGAUGAGCUUGUGAGUAACAUUGCAGCAGAACACCUCCAUCGACAAGGAAGCGACAUAACGAUAAAUCUUCGAGAGAUUUGGCACGAAACAUUUGUGUCGUGGUUGGUCGAAUCAAAAUGGAGCAAAACCGGAUAUGUACCAUCCAUUGAUGAAUACCUUGAGUUUGGCACGACGUCUAUCGCUACACAUACUAUUGUCCUUCCAGCUUCGUGUUUCCUAAGCCCAAGCUUAUCAGAUGACAAACUCAAGCCAGUCCAAUAUGAAACUGUCACAAUGUUGCUCAUGGCCAUUGCUCGUUUGUUAAAUGACAUUCAAAGCUACAAGAAGGAAAUAGAAGACGGGAAAACAAACUUCGUGUUACUCCACUUGAAAGAAAAUCCAGAGGCAACCAUGGAAGAUUCAAUUGCUUAUACCAAAGCGAUACUGGAUGAGAAGAAGAAAGAGUUUCUUGAGCAUGUGUUGAUGGAUGGUUUCAAUGAUCUGCCAAAAAUAUGCAAGCAUCUUCAUCUAUCAUGUUUGAAAGUAUUUCAGAUGUUUUUCAACUCAGCCAACCUAUUUGAUUCCGACACAGAAUUGGUUCAUGACAUAAAGAAAGCAAUUUAUAUUCCUCUAGAAUAUCAAACAGUGAAGCCUAUAAAGCUCCCAGAAGUAGUUCAUUCCAGACCCAAAAAGGAAAAUAUUAUAACCAGUGCUCAUUUUACUCAUACCUUCAAAUGUCAUGGCAGGAGGAGUAUUAUCAGAAAACAAUUCACCAAUGUUGUUUCGGCAAACAUGCGUGGGAGAGUGAUUAUCCCUACAAAAUUUGAGCCAAGUACCAAUUCCACCGAUGACCCGCUUAGAGUUCAAGGGCAUAGUCAGCAUAAGUCUAAUACAAUACAGACUCCCAUGGCAGCUAGGUCACAUUCCGUUGAAUCUGAGAAACAUGUUGGAUAUUUCCCAUGA